UGUAAAGGUAUAAAAUGUUAAGUGUGACUAGCCAGUAUCUACCUAUUGCUGUUUGUUUUUUAAUCGUUGAACCUGUUUCUUUCUGCAAUCAUUAUCCAAUGACGUGUAGUCGACGCUUGUGGGCUUGUGGCUUAUUGCAAUAACACUGUAGAUAAUUCAUAAUUCGUGCGACGAGCAACACGUGUUUGGGUUUUUCAAUUUUUGUUUUAUAAUUGAAAUUGAUUCUUAAAUUUUAAAUAUGGCUAUUGAUCGUCGUUCUAUAAUUACAAAUCUCUAUGAUAUAAAUGCAUUGAAAUUUGGUACAUUUCAAUUAAAAUCAGGUGAAUUAUCAAAAUAUUAUUUGGAUUUAAGAGUGAUUGUGUCCUACCCAAAAAUACUAAAACAAAUUUGUUCGCUCGUAUCAAUCACUAUCCUCCAAGAUGAUGCUAACUCUAAAAAUCAAGUGCGUUUAUGUGGUGUACCUUACACAGCUUUACCUAUAGCUACUGUAGUAUCUAUAGAUACCAAUUUACCAAUGUUAAUUCGCAGAAAAGAAAAAAAAACUUAUGGCACAAAAAAAUUGAUUGAUGGUGAAUAUUCUUGUGGUGAUAAUGUAAUUGUUAUUGAAGAUAUAAUUACAAGUGGUGAUAGUAUAUUAGAAACUGUGACUGAUUUGGAAAAAAGCAAUUUAAAUAUAUCAAAUGUUAUUGUUUUAGUAGACAGGCAACAAGGAGGGAUGCAACGUUUAAGUGAGAGAGGACUAAAGAUCAAAAGUUUGUUCAACAUAACUGAAAUUGUAACAAUACUUAAAGAAGCAGGAAAAUUAAGUGAUGAAGUAUAUACAAGUGUCUUAGAUUAUGUUAAAAAUAAUCAAAUUCAACCUGCAAAAGAAUGUGAAAAAUCUUUAAGGACAAAACUAGAAUUUAAAGCAAGAGCUGAAUUAUUAGAAACUUCUAAAAUAGCUCAGAGAAUCUUUAAGAUAAGCUUAGAAAAAAAAAGUAACUUAUGUGUUGCACUUGAUGUAGAUACUGCUGACAAACUUUUAGAUAUUGCUGAAAAAGUAGCACCGCACAUUUGUAUUUUAAAAACUCAUAUUGAUGCCAUUAAUGGUGUCACAGAUGCUACUAUAAAUAAUUUACAACUCUUAGCCAAACAGUACAAUUUCCUUAUAAUGGAAGACAGAAAAAUGGCAGAUAUUGGAAAUACUGUUAAAUUGCAAUACAAAAAAUUAGUUCAUUGGGCAGAUAUAGUAACAGUACAUAGUGUUUCUGGUGGGAUGAUGUUAAAAGGCAUUCAAGAGGUGAUAAAUGAAAAUGCAGAAUCAUUAGAUAGUCGGGGUGUGUUUAUUGUUGCAGAAUUAAGUUGCAAUGGAAAUUUAAUAUCGGAACAAUAUAUCAAAGAGACUGUGAAAAUAGCUGAAGAGUAUAAAGACAUUGUGGCUGGUCUAGUGUGUCAGUCGCAUGAUGUUAUUUCAUCACCAAGCCUACUUCAACUUACACCUGGUGUUAAUAUUAAAAAUUCCAAUGAUAAUCUUGGCCAACAGUAUCAAAGUCCUAGCGAUAUUAUUUUAACCAAAGGAGCUGAUAUUGCAGUUGUAGGUAGAGGAAUUUAUCAAGAUGACAAUCCUGCUGAAGCAGCCAAAGUAUACAAAGAAUCGUUGUGGAAUACUUAUUUAGAACGUGUAUCAAAUUCUUGAUUACGCUUUAAUAACAAGUUUUCCAAACAUAUAAUUAAUGGAUACCAUUAUUUUGGUUUAUUUUUCAUAAAUGUAUACAGCUAUUGUUGCUACCAAUAUUUUUUA